UCGAGUCUGAGGUGUUUGGAGUUCGCGUCGAGGUCCGUCGUGUCGCCGUUUUCGAAUCGGUAAUUUCCUGUGAAAAGUAGUGCCGUUUCCGGCCAGGUGUGUCCCGUUCGAUAGAUUAACCCCGGCGGAAGCGAUUCUGCGCCAACAGCGGUCGCGAACGGUUUUAGCCGAGUGCAGCGCGCGCCCCAAUCCGGAAUUGGGGGGUGGCCUCGCGGUAGUACCCUUAUCUGUCAGCCAGCAAGGAUAAAGACACCCCUUGUCGAAGGCAAAACCCACCCCACCCGGCCGCGUACGUCCGUCGCGUGUAUCGCGCAAACGUCGUCGUCGUCGCGUGUUGUUAGUCCUGUCUGAAGAACCUGGGUUUUCCGUCGUCCGUGUCCUUCUGGGUGGAUUUCACAUUGUGAAGAAAUUGCUUCUCGGAGCACAAGGAAGAUUUUUGUAAAGUGCAAGUGAAGAAAAUAGGAUUUUGAUCCGAUCAGCGCCGUGUGAUUUAGUGUGUGUUGGCUUAAAGAGAGAAAGGGUCGUUCGUCGUUGAUAAUUUAAUUGAACCAAGCCCCUGGGCGUGUGAGGAGGUGUCGGCGACCAAACCCGAGUCCGCAAUGACUCUUGACCGAGGACGGCAAGCGGCGUCCACAAUGUUCGCACUAUCUGCUAUGCUGCUGCUAAGUGGCUUCAAUUGCUUAAAUGGCGCCCACGCCGCCACCAAGGUGGACGACUCCAAGGGGCCGGUCUUCCUGAAGGAACCCACCAACCGUAUCGACUUCUCCAACUCGACGGGCGCCGUCGUCGAGUGUAGCGCCACCGGAAACCCCCCGCCCGAGAUGAUCUGGAUCCGCAGCGAUGGGACGGCCGUCGGCGAGGUACCCGGCCUGCGCCAGAUCCUGUCGAACGGAAACCUCGUCUUUCCGCCGUUCCGCGCCGAGGACUACCGCCAGGACGUGCACGCCCAGGUGUACGCCUGCAUGGCCAAGAAUCAGUUCGGGUCGGUCAUCUCGCGCGACGUCAACGUUAGAGCCGUUGUCCAACAGUACUACGAGUCCGAGGUGAAUAACGCGUACGUGAUCCGCGGGAACGCCGCCAUUCUCAAGUGUUCGAUUCCGUCGUUUGUGGCCGAUUUCGUGACCGUCGUGUCGUGGAACGACGAUUCCGGCAAUGUGUAUCAGUAUCUGGGGAAUAACAGUCACAUGGAUGAUUUUGAAACUGAUGGCAAAUACAUGGUCCUGCCCUCGGGCGAGCUGCACAUCCGCGAGGUCGGUCCCGAGGAUGGCUACAAGAGCUACCAGUGCCGAACGAAGCACCGGCUUACCGGCGAAACGCGCCUCUCGGCCACGAAGGGACGACUCGUGAUCACAGAACCCCUCGGUAGAGUGGCCCCAAAGCUUUCCGCCGCCUCGAAGAUUCUCACGGCGGAAACGAAGCGUAAAAAGACAAUAGCCCUGUUCUGCUCCGCCCAGGCAUUUCCGGUGCCGGUUUUUAGGUGGUACAAGUACAUCGAGGGAACGACUCGUAAGCAGGCCGUCGUGCUGAACGAUCGCGUCAAGCAGGUUUCGGGCACGCUGAUCAUCAAGGACGCCGUGGUGGACGACUCCGGCAAGUACCUGUGCGUGGUCAACAACUCGGUCGGCGGAGAAAGUGUGGAAACCGUGCUGACCGUUACCGCUCCGUUGGCGGCCAAAAUCGAACCGCGUACCCAGACGGUGGACUUUGGACGACCGGCCGUGUUCACGUGCAAGUUCUCCGGCAACCCGAUCAAGACCGUCUCGUGGACCAAGGACGGAAAGUCGCUGGGACACAGCGAUGCCGUGCUGCGGAUAGAGUCCGUCAAGAAGGAAGACAAGGGCAUGUACCAGUGCUUCAUCCGUAACGACCAGGAAAGUGCCCAGGCCAGCGCUGAACUGAAGCUGGGAGGACGAUUUGACCCACCGGUGAUUCGUGAAGCUUUCCCCGAAGAAACUCGCCACCCCGGACCAUCCGUCUUUCUGAAGUGUAUCGCCGGAGGUAACCCGACGCCCGAAAUCUCCUGGGAGCUGGACGGAAAGAAGAUCACCAACAGCGAACGCUACCAGGUCGGACAGUACGUGACGGUGAACGGAGAUGUGGUUUCCCAUCUGAACAUUAGCUCGAUCCACUCCAAUGAUGGUGGUCUGUACAAGUGUAUUGCCAGCAGCAAGGUGGGUGUCGCGGAACAUUCGGCCAAGCUCAACGUGUACGGUCUGCCGUACGUCCGAACCAUGGAGAAGAAAUCGAUCGUGGCUGGAGAAACGCUGAUCGUGACGUGUCCGGUUGCUGGAUAUCCAAUUGACUCGAUCGUGUGGGAACGAGACAACCGACAGCUGCCCAUCAACCGCAAGCAGAAGGUAUUCCCGAAUGGAACGCUGAUCAUCGAGAACGUCGAGAGAAAUUCCGAUCAGGCUACGUAUACUUGCGUCGCCAAGAACUCCGAAGGCUACACCGCCCGAGGAACGCUCGAGGUCGCUGUAAUGGUGCUUCCGCAGAUCGUGCCGUUUAGCUUCGGCGAAGAGCAGGUCAAUCAGUACGACAUGGUUUCAACGAUGUGCACCGUGAACAAGGGCGACAUGCCGAUCGACAUCAGUUGGGAGUUUAGUCCUUCGUUGCUGGAACCGCGAACCACCCGGAAGCUGCAAACCAGCGAUGGAAUUCUGCUAAGUCGAACUAGUCCACGCAUUAAUACACUGAGUAUCGACUCGGUAAGGGAUCGCCACAGUGGAAAUUUUACGUGUCGCGCGAAAAAUCAGGCUGGAUCGGUGGAAUUUACUACGACACUAUUCGUGAAUGUCCCACCACGUUGGAUCCUCGAACCCACUGAUAAGGCAUUCGCGCAAGGCUCGAACGCAAAGGUUGAAUGCAAAGCCGACGGAUUCCCGAAGCCGCAGGUCAGCUGGAAGAAGGCUAUUGGCGACACCCCUGGAGAGUACAAGGACCUGCGCUCGAACGAUUCGAGCAUUCGCGUUGAGGAAGGAUCACUGUUCAUCAACAACAUCCAAAAGUCCAACGAGGGCUACUAUCUGUGCGAGGCCAUCAACGGCAUCGGCUCGGGCCUCAGUGCGGUCAUUCUGAUCAGCGUGCAGGCACCGCCGGAGUUUACCGAGAAGCUGCGCAACCAAACAGCCCGCCGCGGAGAACCGACCGUGCUGCAGUGCGAGGCCAAGGGCGAGAAACCGAUUGGAAUUUUGUGGAACAUGAACAACAUCCGGCUGGACCCCAAGUCCGACAACCGGUACACCAUCAGAGAGGAGAUCCGUCCGGAUGGAGUCAUGUCGAGCCUUUCGAUUAAGCGCACCGAACGAAGUGACUCGGCCCUGUUUACCUGUAUGGCUACGAAUGCUUUUGGAAGUGACGAUUCGAGCAUCAACAUGAUCAUCCAAGAGGCGCCAGAGAUGCCGUAUGCGCUGAAGGUUUUGGACAAGUCGGGACGCACCGUGCAGCUUAGCUGGGCCAAGCCGUACGACGGAAACUCACCGCUGAAGCGAUACAUCAUCGAGUUCAAGCGAUCGCGUGGAACCUGGGAAAAUGACGUCGAUCGUGUCAUCGUUCCCGGUCAUACCAAUGAAGCUCAGGUACAGAAGCUUAGCCCGGCAAUUACAUACAACAUUAGAAUUGUAGCAGAAAACGAAAUUGGAGUGUCCGACUCGUCGGAAGUUGUCACGAUCAUCACGGCCGAAGAAGCUCCCUCUGGCAAGCCGCAAGCCAUCAAAGUGGAUCCAAUCAAUCAGACUACGCUGCGAGUAAGCUGGAAGGCUCCUCCUCGUGCCGAAUGGAACGGAGAUAUCCUGGGAUACUACGUUGGAUUCAAGCAGACGUCGCACAACUCUUCGUACAUCUACGAAACUGUCAACUACUCUUUGGAAGGCGGAGAAGGAAAGGAACACAGCUUGGAAAUUAACAACUUGAAGACUUACACGCAGUACUCGAUCGUGAUUCAGGCGUUCAACAAGGUCGGCGCUGGUCCGAUGAGCGAAGAAGAAAAGCAAUACACCGCGGAAGGAACUCCAGAUCAGCCACCAAGUGACACUGGAUGCACAACGUUGACUUCGCAGACCAUCCGCGUGUCCUGGGUCAGCCCUCCGCUAGAGUCUGCCAACGGUGUUAUCAAGGGUUACAAGGUAGUGUACGCGCCAAGCGAGUUGUGGAAUGACGACAAAAACAAGGACUACAAGAAGACUGCCUCCAGCGAUACUGUUCUGCACGGACUUAAGAAGUACACCAACUACACGAUGCAAGUUUUGGCAACUACCUCGGGAGGUGACGGUGUUCGCAGCGCUCCAAUCCAUUGUCAGACCGAGCAGGACGUUCCGGAAGCACCUACCGGUGUCAAGGCACUCGUUAUGUCGGAAGGAUCCAUCUUAGUGUCGUGGCAGCCACCAUCCCAGCCCAACGGAGUGAUUCUGCAGUACACGGUCUACAUCAAGAACGCCGAUCAGGAUCCCAAGAGCCACAAAGCGCCAGCCUUCCAGAUGAGCUACGAAGCCUCGGGCUUGGAAAAGAAUCAACAGUACGAAUUCUGGGUCACCGCCAGCACAAACAUCGGAGAAGGUCAACCCUCAAAGACGUUGUCCGCCAUGCCAAGCGACAAAGUUCCAGCCAAGAUUGCCUCGUUCGAUGAUACGUUCACCGCUACCUUCAAGGAAGACGCGAAGCUUCCGUGUCUCGCCGUCGGAUCGCCAACUCCCGAUAUCACGUGGAAGAUCAAGGGCCAGGAGUUUGUCCCGAACGAACGCAUCCGACAACUGCCCGAAGGUUCGCUCUUCAUCAAGGACGUUAUCCGCCAGGACGCCGGAGACUACACUUGCACCGCCGAAAACUCGAUCGCCAAGGACUCAAUUACCCACCGACUGAUCGUUCUUGCCCCACCGCAGUCUCCUCAGCUAACACUCACCGCCACCACCACCGACUCGCUCGCCGUCAAGCUAAAGCCCCAUGAAUCAGACACUGCCCCGCUGCAAGGCUACACGCUGCACUACAAGCCCGAAUUCGGCGAGUGGGAAACCAUCGACGUCGCACUGGACGCGCCCAAAUAUACCAUCGAAAAUCUGUACUGCGGAUCGCGCUAUCAGGUGUACUCGACCGCUUACAACAUGAUCGGAGCCGGAGAACCGUCAGACAUUCUCAACACUCGCACCAAGGGAUCGAAGCCACUGCUGCCGGAAAAGUCACGCUUCAUCGAAGUUUCGUCCAACUCGAUCACGCUGCACCUGCCCGCCUGGAAGGACGGCGGCUGCCGGAUGUCGCACUUUGUCGUGGAACACAAGAAGAAAGAUCAAAUCGACUGGAACCAGAUCUCGAACAACGUAAAGCCCGGCGGUAACUUUGUCGUGCUGGAUCUCGAACCCGCCACCUGGUACAAUCUGCGCGUAACGGCCCACAACAACGCCGGCUUCACCGUGGCCGAGUACGAAUUCGCCACGCUAACCAUCACCGGAGGUACGAUCGCACCCAAUUUGGGCUCCAUUCAGCCGGGGGUCGUGUACCCGCCCUGGAUCCCCCAUUGGAUCGACCUGAACGUAAUGGUACCGCUGAUCGCGACCAUUAUCGUAGUGGCGGUAGGUGUCCUAGUGAUUUGCGUUGCAAGAAGCAGAAGAGACGACGAUCCACGCUGCGGACCCAAGGAUGUUUAUUACGACGUGGUGUACAACCAAUCGAUGGGACCGGCCGGAGCCGCCACGCUGGACAAACGCCGUCCGGACAUUCGCGACGAGCUGGGCUACAUUGCGCCACCGAACAGGAAGCUGCCCCCGGUGCCCGGAUCCAACUACAACACCUGCGAUCGCGUCAAGCGGGGAACCGUGAUAAGCCAUAAUCCUACCAAUAAAUCCAACCACUCGACCUGGGAUCCUCGUCGACCACUGUACGAGGAGCUGAAAAAUGUUGCCCCAACCCUCCCGAGACGAUGCAACCAUCCGCCGGCGUGUUACGGCAUGGAGGACGAGAUCUGCCCGUACGCGACCUUCCACCUGCUGGGCUUCCGCGAGGAGAUGGACCCCACCAAGGCGAUGAACUUCCAGACGUUCCCGCACCAGAACGGCAUGGGCGGCCCUGGCCACAUGGGCACGAUGGGCUCGAGCAUGGCGAUGCAGGUGCCGAACCACGUGCACUCGCGCUCCGGAUCACAGUCAAUGCCACGCCAGAACCGGUAUGCACGCAAGAACAGCCAGGGAGGACAGAGCAGUAUCUACACGCCGGCGCCCGAGUACGACGACCCGGCGAACUGUGCCGAGGAGGAUCAAUAUAGACGAUACACCCGCAUCGGUUCCCAGGGAGGAUCUCUGUACUGCGGACCUGGCCCCGAAUACGACGAUCCCGCCAACUGUGCGCCCGAAGAGGAUCAGUACGGAUCGCAGUACGGCGGAAACUACGGCACGCCGUACGAUCACUACGGAUCGCGGGGAUCCGUGGGACGGCGCAGCGUGGGAUCGCCCGAACCGCCGCCACCUCCACCACGCAACCACGACACCAGCAACUCGUCUUUCAACGACUCAAAGGAGAGUAACGAAAUUUCCGAGGCUGAAUGCGAUCGAGACAACGGUCCGCGGGGCAACUACGGUGAACCAGCUGAGGCACCGACGGCCAAGUCUCCUGAUGCGCUCGCAGCAGAAGAAACAGAGAAACUGCUGAAAAGAAACGAAAUCAAACCCAAGUACGCCAAACAAGCAGCAGCCCCCGCCGGUUCAGGACUCACAGCCUACGAUACUAUGGCAGUGUAAUCUGUAAGGCGCUGAACCAGCUGAACCCGCAGCGACAGCAGCAACUCCAGCCAAUAUCACACAGUUUUGCUAGAAUCAAACAAACUCAUUCUCAACAUCCCGCGCCCCCACACACUUCCCAUCAUCGGUUCUUU